UGGACAACAGUGUGCAUGUAGGGACCAGCACUGUGCUGUACACUUCAAGUUUUAUUUAGGGUAGGCUUCAUGUUAUGUGGUUUUAUCACAAUAAAAAAUUAUAUUGGCAAGAUUAAAUUUUUGUUCAAAGGUGCUGCUUUUUAUAGUCAAGGGCUGGUUCUCAGAGCCUUGUUUCAGAGGGCUGAGGUCACCGUCUCGGGAGUGUGUGUUGUGUUUGGCUCCCAUUGCGUCACGGUGAAGGUGCCUCCAGAUGUGAGGGGGGUCAGGCUUUGAUCGGAAGGCCCAGCUCCUUACAAAUGGAUUUUUGUGUCAGCAGAAAGACAGAUCUCAUUCUUCAAGUAUGAUGCGCCUAGUAUUUUAUGAUGUAUAUUUUUGGUAAAAAUGAUUGUGAGAGUUAUUGAUGACUCCAUGUUUUUACUGCUCCCAUGGAAAAUGGAAAAACAGAAGGUCUGGGGUUUGGGGAAGUCAGAGAGACGGAAGGCAGAGUAACCAGGUGAACAGAGGUGCGAUGGCCUAGAUGGUAGCGGUCCCCUGAGACUCUGUGUGAUUCGUGUGAUCUGUGGCUCAUUCGAACCUCGCCAUCUGAAAGGGGAGUAUUGUUUUCUCCUUUCUCUAGGCAACUAAGCAUUACCUAAACCUCCCUGGGACUAAAGUGAGCUUCAGGGAAUACUCUUCCUGUCACACCUCCUGUAAUUGCACCAAGAAGUUGAGUUGCUUUUUGAGAAACUCUGGUAAAAGGCAUUUGGUCUCAUGUAAACAGGGAGGCGGUUUUGUAUCCCAUGUGUCAUCCAGUGCCUCCUGCUGCAGCCCUCUGGUCUAACUACAAAGGGGAUCUAGACUGCAGGAAGAGAAGCUGAACAGCAGCUCAUCCAAGCCAGCAGAUUUCAACAUCUGGACAGGUCACUGGCGCUGGUGGACUUGCAUGGAAGCUCUGGCCUUGGAGUCUGUUGGCAGUAACAGUUACUUUAUUUGAAAGGACUGGAUGUCAGAAGUGGCCUCUCACUGUGAGCGCUGUGGGCUAUGGGAUGGAUGAGGUGGAGCAAGACCAGCAUGAGGCCCGACUCAAGGAGCUGUUUGACAGUUUUGACACGACAGGCACAGGGUCCCUGGGACAGGAGGAACUCACCGACCUUUGCCACAUGUUGAGCUUGGAGGAGGUGGCCCCGGUGCUGCAAGAGACGCUGCUUCAGGACAACCUCUUGGGCAGGGUGCAUUUUGACCAAUUUAAAGAAGCAUUGAUACUUAUCUUGUCUAGAACUCUCUCAAAUGAAGAACACUUUCAAGAACCAGACUGCUCACUGGAAGCUCAGCCCAAAUAUGUUAGAGGUGGGAAGCGCUAUGGACGAAGGUCCUUACCAGAAUUUCAAGAAUCCGUGGAGGAGUUUGCAGAGGUGACAGUGAUUGAGCCCCUAGAAGAAGAAGCAAGUCCUUCACACAUCCCAGCCAGUGACCGCCGUGAGAACUGGAAAACGCAACGCAGUGAGGAGUACGAAGCAGAAGGCCAGCUAAGAUUUUGGAACCCAGAUGAUUUGAAUGCCUCCCACAGUGGGACUUCCCCUCCCCAAGACUGGAUAGAAGAGAAACUGCAGGAGGUUUGUGAAGAUUUGGGGAUUACCCGUGAUGGUCACCUGAACCGAAAGAAGCUGGUCUCCAUCUGUGAGCAGUAUGGUUUGCAGAAUGUUGAUGGAGAGAUGCUUGAGGAAGUCUUCCAUAAUCUUGAUCCUGAUGGCACAAUGAGUGUAGAAGAUUUUUUCUAUGGCUUGUUCAGAAAUGGAAAAUCCCUUACACCAUCCGCAUCUACUCCAUAUAGACAGUUGAAAAGGCAUCUCUCCAUGCAGUCUUUUGAUGAGAGUGGACGACGUAAUACAACCCCAUCGGCGAUGACCAGUACCAUUGGCUUCCGGGUCUUCUCCUGCCUGGAUGAUGGGAUGGGCUACGCGCCAGUGGAGAGGAUACUGGACACCUGGCAGGAAGAGGGCAUCGAGAACAGCCCGGAGAUCCUGAAGGCCUUGGAGUUCAGCCUUGAUGGAAACGUCAACUUGACAGAAUUGACGCUGGCUCUUGAAAAUGAACUUUUGGUCACCAAGAACAGCGUGCACCAGGCGGCCCUGGCCAGCUUUAAGGCUGAGAUCCGGCAUCUGCUGGAGCGUGUUGAUCAAGUGGUUAGAGAAAAAGAGAAGCUACGGUCAGACCUGGACAAAGCCGAGAAGCUCAAGUCUUUAAUGGCCUCAGAGGUGGACGAUCACCAUGCGGCCAUAGAGCGGCGGAAUGAGCACAACCUCAGGAAACUGGAUGAAGAAUACAAGGAACGCAUAGCAGCCUUGAAGAAUGAACUCCGACAGGAGCGAGAGCAGAUCAUGCAGCAGGUGGGCAAGCAGCGUUUGGAGCUGGAGCAGGAAAUUGAAAAGGCGAAAACAGAAGAGAACUACAUCCGGGACCGCCUUGCCCUUUCUUUAAAGGAAAACAGUCGUCUAGAAAAUGAGCUUCUGGAAAAUGCUGAGAAGUUGGCAGAGUAUGAGAAUUUGACAAAUAAACUUCAACGAAAUUUGGAAAAUGUGUUAGCAGAAAAGUUUGGUGACCUCGAUCCCGGCAGUGCUGAAUUCUUUCUGCAAGAAGAAAGGCUGACACAGAUGAGAAAUGAAUAUGAGCAGCAGUGCAGGGUAUUACAAGACCAAGUGGAUGAACUCCAGUCGGAACUGGAAGAAUAUCGUACACAAGGCAAAGUUUUCAGGCUUCCCUUGAAGAACUCGCUGUCAGAAGAACUGGAUGCUAGCAGCGGUUGCCUUGAGCCUGUCCAGGGGCUUGGUUCUGAAGAAUGCAAUCCACUGAAUAUGAGCAUUGAAGCAGAGCUGGUCAUCGAACAGAUGAAGGAACAUCAUCAGAGGGACUUGUGUCACCUGAGACUGGAGCUUGAAGAUAAAGUGCGCUGUUAUGAAAAGCAGCUGGAGACGGCCAAGGCUGCCUGUGAAAAGGAGCAGGAGCUCAUGAAGCAAGAGCAUGAGAAGGAAGUGCACAUCUUGGAAAAACAAAUAAGUGACCUUAAAAAUGAAAUUGCAGAGCUUCAGGGCCAGGCAGUGGUGCUCCAGGAGGCACAGCGUAUGACUAACUGCAGACACGAGGAGGAGAAAAAACAACUGCAAAAGCAAUGGGAUGAGGAAAAGACUCUCCUGCAGGAGAAGCUGAGGCUGGAGCAUGAGACGGAGCUCAAGGACAGACUGGAGCAGGUGGAGGAAAGCUUUAGCCGAGAGAGGGAAGGACUUCUUCAAAAUGGUGCCUGGACAGAAGAGAAGGUGAGGGACUUGACUCAGGAGCUAGAGAAAUUUCACCUGGAGCAGCUGAAAAGCCUGGUGGUGAAGUACACUUUUGAGAAAGAGGAAUUGCGAAAAGAGCUCUUGGAAAAAUACCAAAGGGAACUUCAAGAGGGAAGGGAAAAAAUGGAAACUGAGUGUAAUAGAAGAACCUAUCAGAUAGAAGCCCAGUUUCAGGCUGAUUGUCAGAAAGCCACUGAGAGAUGUGAAAAUGUUCUGCAAAGCUUGGAGAGGCACUACCGCCAAGAGCUGAAGGAGCUCCUGGAACAACACCUGGAGGAGAAAUCUCAGUGGCAGUUUGAGAAGGACGAGCUCACCCAGGAGUGUGCCGAAGCCCAGGAGCAGCUUAAAGAGACUCUCCAAAGAGAGAAAGCAACUUCCCUGGUCUUGACCCAGGAGAGAGAGAUGCUGGAGAAAACAUACAAAGAACACUUGAAUAGCAUGGUUGCUGAGAGAGAGCAGCUACUCAAAGACCUGGAAGAUCUAAGAAAUGUGUCUGAAAAUCAGCAAAGCCUACUGUCCAACCAGAUCCUUGAGCUGAAAAGCAGUCAUGAAAGAGAACUGAAGGACCGCGAGCAGGUCCUGAGCCAGGCAGGCAUCUCGGAGCAGCUGACCAGCCAGCGGCUUGAAAGGCUAGAAAGAGAACAUGAGCAGGAGAGGCAGGAAAUGAUGUCCAAGCUUCUGGCCAUGGAGAACAUCCACAAAGUGACCUGUGAGAAAGCAGAUCGAGACAGAGCUGAGAUGAGCACAGAAAUCUCCCAGCUUCAGAAUAAAAUUAAGGAAAUGCAGCAGGUGGCAUCACCUCCCUCCAGGCUUCCGAAUGGCUACCAGGAAAUGGGAGAGGAGGAGGCAGACGGAAGUGGAGCCAUGUCCCUGCUCCAGCAAGGAGAGCAGCUGUUGGAAGAGAAUGGAGAUGUCCUCUUAAGUCUGCAGAGAGCUCACGAACAAGCAGUGAAGGAAAACGUGAAAAUGGCUACUGAAAUUUCUAGAUUACAGCAGAGGCUGCAAAAAUUAGAGCCAGGGUCAGUAAUGCCAUCUUGUUUAGAGGAGCCAACUACUGGAUUUUUUGGAAAUUCUAUGGAACAAACAGAGCCAUUUUUACUGCAAAGCCGAGUGAAGCAAGUAGAAGGUGUAACCAGGCGACGUGUCCUAAGUGACCUGCAAGAGGAUGAGGUCCGGGAUCUGGGAAGUACAGGCACGAGCUCUGUUCAGAGACAGGAAGUCAAAAUAGAGGAGUCUGAAGCAUCAAUAGAGAGUUUUUCCGAGCUUGAAAACAGUGAGGAGAUCAGGACUGAGACCUGGGACCUGAAGAAUCAAAUUUGUCAACUUCAAGAACAAUUAAUGAUCUUACGUGCAGACUGUGAUCGAGCUUCUGAAAAGAAACGGGACCUACUUUUUGAUGUUUCUGUGCUCAAAAAAAAACUAAAUAUGCUUGAGAGAAUCCCUGAGGCUUCUCCUAAGUAUAAAUUGUUAUACGAAGACGCCAGCAGAGAAAAUGACUGUCUCCAAGAGGAGCUGAGAGUGUUGGAGACACACUACGAUGAAGCCCUAGAAAACAACAAGGAACUCACUUCAGAAGUUUUCCGAUUACAGGAUGAGCUGAAGAAAGUGGAAGAAGCGACUGAGACAUUCCUUGGCCUGGAAAAGAGUUAUGAUGAGGUCAAGAGAGAAAACGAGGAGCUGCACGGAAUGGUUUUGAGACUUCAGGGCAAGAUUGAGAAGCUGCAAGGAAGAGCGGCGCGGCCGCAUGACUGCUUCCCUCCGUGGGGAGCCCGUUUAGAGAACUUGGACGGCGAACCCAGGGAAAAGGCACUUGAUCCACAGCAGACGCUGGAAGAGCAUGCGCCAAAGGUCAUGAAUGUGCACCAGAUCACAGAACAUUAUCAAGAAAACCAGUACCUUGAGCGGGAGAAUACACAGACCCUGGAAAAAGUAAAAGCACAUAAAAUUGCCUGGCUGCACAGAACAAUCCGGACUCACGGAGAGAAGCCUGGAGAACAGAACCUAGUUAUACUAGAGGAGAACACCGCUGUCUUAGGCCUUCAGGACAAACAUUUUCAGCGUCAGGCUGUGAUAGCAGAGUUAGAACUGGAGAAAAAAAAGCUGCAGGAGCUGACUAGAAAGUUGAGGGAGAGAGUCACUAAUUUAGUUAAGCAAAAAGAUGUACCUUCUCAAGGAGGAAAGGAGGAAGAGCUGAAGGCAAUGAUGCAUGACUUGCAAAUCACGUGCAGUGAGAUGCAGCAGAAAGUUGAACUUCUGAGAUAUGAAUCUGAGAAGCUUCAAGAGGAAAAUUCUAUUUUGAGAAAUGAAAUUACUACUCUAAAUGAAGAAGAUAGCGUUUCUAACCUGCAAUUGGAGAAAUUAAAUGGAUCUCAGGAAGAAAUGUGGCAAAACAUAGAAACUGUAAAACAGGAAAAAGCCACAGUUCAGGAGAUGGUUGAAAUUUUAAAGAAACAGAUUUCAGAAUUAAAAACCAAAAACCAACAGUUGGAUAUGGAAAAUACGGAACUUAGCCAAAAGAACUCUCAAAAUCAGAAAGAACUGCAAGAACUGAAUCAGCGUCUGGCAGAAGUGCUCUGCCAGGAGCAGCAGCCAGGACCUAGCACAUCUGAGGAAUGGGAAGAGGAAAAGUCUAAUCUGAAAGAGGAACUGGAACACUGUAAAGUGCAGUCUUCCACUUUAGUGUCUUCUCUGGAGGCAGAACUUUCUGAAGUUAAAAUACAAAUGCAUAUUGUGGAACAGGAAAACCUCCUUCUCAAAGAUGAACUGGAGAAAAUGCAACAACUGCACAGAUGUCCCGAUCUCUCUGAUUUCCAGCAAAAAAUAUCUAGUGUUCUAAGCUACAAUGAAAAACUGCUAAAAGAAAAGGAAGCUCUAAGUGAAGAAUUAAAUAGCUGCGCUGAUAAGCUGGCAAAAUCAAGUCUGUUAGAGCACAGAAUUGCUACUAUGAAGCAAGAACAGAAGUCUUGGGAACACCAGAGUGAAAGCUUAAAGUUGCAGCUAGCAGCUUCCCAGGAAAGGGUUCAGAGUUUAGAGGACACACUGCAGAAUGUAAACCUGCAAAUGUCCCGGAUUAAAUCCGACCUACGAGUGACUCAGCAGGAAAAGGAGGCUUUAAAACAAGAAGUGAUGUCUUUACAUAAGCAACUUCAGAAUGCUGGUGACAAGAACUGGGCCCCUGAAGCAGCCACCCACCCGUCAGGAUUCCAUAGCCAGCAGCAACGGCUGUCUUGGGACAAGUUGGAUCAUCUGAGGAAUGAGGAACAACAGCUGCUUUGGCAAGAGAACGAGAGACUCCAAACUGUGGUGCAGAACACCAAAGCGGAACUCACUCACUCCCGGGAGAAGGUCCGUCAACUGGAAUCUAACCUUCUUACCCCCAAGCACCAAAAACAUGUAAACUCAUCAGGUACUGUGAAGCCCACAGAGCAGGAGAAGUUGAGCUUAAAAAGAGAGUGUGAACAGUUUCAAAAGGAAAAAUCUCCUACAAAUAGGAAGGUCAGUCAAAUGAAUUCCCUUGAACGAGAAUUAGAAACAAUUCAUUUGGAAACUGAAGGCCUGAAAAAGAAACAAGUAAAACUGGAUGAGCAGCUAAUGGAGAUGCAGCACCUGAGGUCCACUGGGAUGCUUAGCCCAUCCCCUCACGCUUGGGAUCUGCAGCUGCUCCAGCAGCAAGCCUGUCCGAUGGUGCCCAGGGAGCAGUUUCUGCAGCUUCAACACCAGCUGCUGCAGGCAGAAAGGAUAAACCAGCGCCUGCAGGAGGAAUCUGAAAACAGAACCUCUGAAACCAACACACCACAGGGAAACCAGGAACAACUGGUAACUGUCAUGGAGGAACGAAUGAUGGAAGUUGAACAGAAAUUGAAACUAGUAAAAAGGCUCCUUCAGGAGAAAGUGGAUCAGCUCAAAGAACAACUCUGCAAGAAUACUAAAGCAGAUGCAAUGGUGAAGGAUUUGUAUGUUGAAAAUGCCCAGUUGUUGAAAGCUCUGGAAGUGACUGAACAGCGACAAAAAACAGCUGAGAAGAAAAAUUACCUUCUAGAAGAGAAGAUUGCCAGCCUCAGUAACAUAGUCAGGAAUCUGACACCAGCACCAUUGACUUAUACACCUCCCUUGAGGUCAUAGCAAAGCCAAAGGAUACUCUCAUGUUUGUGCACUUUACUGAAAUGGAUGGAAAUUUCAGUAGGUUCUCUCAACCUUUUUUUGGUUUUAAUUUAAAAAACCUUUAAGGGCUUCAAGUUAAGCCUGGCCUAAAACUGCUGGCAAGAGUUGGAGUCUCCAUUCAAUGAAAUGAGUGUUUUUAAAUAGACUCUAAUAGGAGUUGCAAACAAAUAUUCACACAUUUCACUGAAGUAUUCCUAAGUUUUGAAAUUUUAAAAAAUACUCUAGUAGCCACCAAGAAGGUAGAUAAAACCCUAGUUUUGAAUGAGUUUUUUAAAUAAUUAUUAAAUUCCAAAUAUUAAGUUUGAGAUAGAAUUUUGUUGUUUUGAUCUUUAUUUUUAAACCAAAUGUAUGCCUUCUUAACAUUUAAAUAUAGGAAAGUCAUUAUGUUUCUAAUAGUUUCAUUCUUUGAAUUAACUGGUAGACUUUCUGCUUGGUAACAGAAACUGGGCUCAAUAUCCACUGAGGUCAAAAAAGCCAGAGUCUAUAGAACUUGACCUUCCAACACCUAUGACAGUAUUAUCACUCUUGAUGUAUUAUAGAUAUACUGGUUUACUCAACUGUACUGUUAACUAAUGUUAAAACUACUUUCUUUAAAUAGCCUUAUUUUUUCUUCUUAUAAGUUUCAUUUGGGAGUUUGUCUUCUAAACAAUGGAUAAAGCCACAUUCUCAAAGCAUUUGAACUAUAGGAAAGCACUGGACAAACCACUUUAGAGAACAGAUACUCAGAAGAGAGAGAGGCACACCAUGUGGGUUUUCUCUCUUCUAAAGUCUUGGAAUUCAUGAAGUUACAUUUGGGGUUGCCUCAAGAACUCAGGGAACAAUACUUUAAACUGUCAUCCUAAAAUAACAUAGGGCCUCUUUAAGAAUUUAAAAUGUAUAAACCAUGUGACCUUAUUUAUUUGUCUUUUAUUUAGAGCCAUAAUGGGAUUUUUAUUUCUACACUUUUAGUGAAUGUAAUCUUCUGGAAAAAAAAAGGGUGUUGGUUUUACAGUUAAAAACCUUUUUUAACUUAUGGAAUAGUUAUUAUUUGCUCGUUUGUUUAAAUAGUUCAAUAUUUCCACACUUUCUAUUCCUCUAAACCUCAAAUCUGAUAAGAAUUUCUUACCAUGAUAAGUGUUGGCAUACCAUCUGAGUGCCAAGUAGGAGUUCCCAUUCAGUCUCAGGACCAGAACUUCAUAGAACAGUAAACAUUUUAGAUUUUUACCUGGAGGAUAAAAAGUUAUCCAAUCCAUGUUGUAGCCUACAUCAGCCAGCAGUUGGUGGAGGAUUUACUAGGUGCAGGACACUAACAAAGCUCAUCACAGUCACUUACUGGUUUUUGUGGGAAAGGAAUUAGAUAAGAAAAAUUCACUUUGAUGUAUCCUGGGAGGGCCAAACCCAUUGAUUUAUAAGCAGUGUCACAGCAAGAUCAAACACUGCUUUAUGGGCAGGAACAAAAGAAGCAGCAAACUGCCUAAGACAUCUAUGUCAGAAGCUCAGUCUCAACACAACGAUUUGCAUCAAGGAACUUUAGAGCUCCUCUGGGGCUAACCAUCUACUGUUAGUCCAGCCCGCCAGCUCAGGAGCCCACACUACAAGAGUCCUGACAAGGCACAGUUGGUUGUGGGACAGGGAGUUCACCUUCAUGAAACAAACCUUUUCAUUGUUGGACAGUUCUUAUCAGAAAAUCCUGAUUUCCCCCUGGAAAAAGAAUUUUAAUCCUUCCCUAUAAUUACACCUCAAAGCAUUUGAUAUCUACUGUCUUCCUUCAUCUUUCUUUUCCAGUGCAAACAUUACUGGUAAAUGCUACUACUGUUACUGCAUGGGACUUAACAGAAACUCUUUUACACUUAAAACUGGGGUUAGGCCUACUCUAAGGUCAUAAAUAAACUAAGUAUCUGUGGUAUGUUUAUGUGAUAUGCAUAAAGUUACUCAAGGUUAUUGCCAUCCAAAAUGAACACCAAGCGUAUUUCUCAAAUAGCUGGCAUAGCAUGUGAUCACAUGUUGUAUUUUAAUUUUUAUAUUAUGAAAAGUGUUGGUUAAUUUGUUUAUGUGUAUAUAAAAUGCUGUACAGUGAAUGUGAAUGUGGCCUUCUGGCAAGUUUUAGACUAUAUUUAUAAUCCCUUUAUAAAAAAUCAAAAUCUGCUCAAAUGCAAGUUUAUUUAACCAACAUCUAGGUGCUUGAUUUCUUGCUUUACUGCACUUUUGAGACUGGAAAAAAGAUCAACACAAGAAGUACAGUUACCUUAAUUGAUACAUUUUUCAGCAGUUUAUUUUUGUAAAGUAGUUUAGAGUGGGAAUUGAACUAACAAUUUAUAAUAUAGCUUAUAGCUUUUUAGAAGACCUUUUAAAGAGAUUAAACUGUUAAAAUUGUUUAGAUUUUGCUUUCAGACUUUAUAAUAGCACUCUUUAAAAAUCAUAAGUUAUAUAUUAUUUUAUAGACAUUUAUAGCUGCUUGUUUGUUAAAAGCACUGGUUAAGCUUUCUUUUGACUUCCUAAGAACAGUUAUUUAAAUUAAGUCAUAGAAGAUGGAAUCUUCAUUUCAAGGAAAGAGAAUCAAGUUUGCCUUUGGAUGAUAAUACAUUGCACUAAGAGGAAAAUGUGGAUAGUAAAACCCGCAUUCUAUUUCACUUUCUUCUGCUUUUUAGAAUCCUGAGCUCUUAAGCUCAAAUUUGUGAAGGGAGAAAAGUAGAAGGGGAGGGAGGGGUAGAACCACCACAGUAUUUUAUUUAUUUUUCUAAAAUUCUUAAUAACCUCAGAUUUUAAAAACUAUUUAAAAUGCAAAUCCUCUCCAGCAGCUUCAAAUUCACUGCUUAUAUAUUUAAUCUUAAGUAUAUUUUACGUAAAUAGAUGACCAAGUCCCAGGCAUCAAGGUAUCAGAGGAGCUGAUAUAGGUCUAGUAUUUCAAUAAUGUACAAAUACCCAGGGCAGGUAUUAUUAUGAGGAACUUAAAAAAAAAAAUGAACAAAUAAGAUUUUAUGACAGAUUUUAACAUGUUGGAAUGAAUUUUUUAUUUUUGUGACUUAUAUUUUUCUGAGUGAAGGAAAAGAGAAAUGUGUUGCUACUGUCAGCACCUUUAAGGUAUUCCCAAUCAAGGAAAGGCUCAGUGCUUUGUGAUAAAUAGUAUUAAGCAAGUUUAGUUUUGAACAGAUUACCUUAAAUGACUCAUUGGAAUGAUGUAAUUAUACAAGUGAGCCAAAAACCAAGUCAAAGCCUAACAACCAAAGCAUUCCAUAUUUAAAAUGUAUUCAUUAUAUCAUGUUUGGGUCUAUUUUAACAUCUCAGAACCAUACAACAGUUUUGAUUCUAUGGCAUAUGUAUAGCUGUUUAAUAAUAAAUCCAAGUUAGCUUUUUGUUUCUCAGUUUUUCUGAAAGAUGUGUUAAAUUUAUUCUUAUGGGAAGACAUCACAUCAUGAUUUAAGGAAACACUGGCUUUGUGAAGGAAAACCUGAGUUCAUCUAAAGCCAUCUGCAGGAUUCUUCUCAGAUAAAGAUUAAUGUGUAUAUCAACCUUAUAUAUUUCAUCUUAGCCAUUCUAGGUAAAUGUUUAAUGUGAGCUUAAAGUGUAAAUAAAUAAUU